AUGCUAACAGAUUUUGAUUUAACAUCUGUUCCUGAGGCGUCAUUAUAUUUUGAAGAACCAGCAUUGGUUUUACCUGUGGAACUCACUCAAGAAGGGCGUGAUAUCUUCCAGUUUAGUCUUAUUGGGAGACUGAACUUCAAAGGUUUAAAACUUAAUGAUGUUCAAAAAAGUUUAGAAGAACAAUGGGGUCUUGGUGAUGGAAGGUGCAAACUGGUUCCUAUGACUAAGGGGUUUUUCAUCAUCAAACUGAUUUCUGAAGAGGAUAAAGAACGAGUUUGGCAUGGUGAAUCAUGGAAGGUCCAAAAUCAAACUCUUAGGGUUAUGAAUUUUUACCCUAACUUUGAUCCAGAGAGGAAAAAUACAUCUCAUUCUACAGUUUGGGUGACUUUUCCUGGAUUAUUCAUUGAAUUGUGGACUAAAAAAAUCCUUCUUUCCAUUGCAAGAAUUCUUGGUAAACCAAUUGCGAUAGAUCAAAAAACAUUGGACCAUGAUGUUGGUAAUUAUGCUGCUGUGUUGAUUGACAUCGAUUUUGCUAAGGUAAUUCCUAAAAGAAUACGACUUAAAGCUAAUGGAAGGGAGUUUUGGCAAUAUGUGGAAAUACAAGAUAUGGAGAAUAUUAAGUUUUGCACUCAUUGUAAAAUUAUGGGGCAUAAAUUUGAGAGUUGUCUUACUGCUCGUAAGAUCUUAGGGAGUUCUGUUAUGGAAGGGAAACAUGAAUUGAAUGAAUCUACAGGUGGGUUUCCAAAAAAUAAAAAGGAAUGGCAGGUUAAAAAGUAUAUUGCAAAUACUACAGGUGCUGUGAGUUCUUCAACUAUGGAUAAAUCUAAAGAGAAAGGAAAAUAG